GCGGCCUCUUCCUCCCAAACGCGCACUCCUGCUUCGCCUUCCUUCGCGUUGCCAUCCCACCCAAACCCUCGCGGGGGAUCGGAGCUCGGGGCGCGGGAUCCACCGCCGGUCGUCGUCGGGGUCGGCGGCGGCGGAGAUGCUGGGCCCUCCUCGCCGCGGGCCGGCGUACAAGACGAAGCUGUGCGCGCUGUGGCAGCGCGGCAACUGCAACCGCGACACCUGCAGCUUCGCCCACGGCCACGGCGACAUCCGCCGGCCACCGGCCUCCCGCAGCGCCUUCCCGCACCACCCGGGGAGAAGAGAUUAUAGAGGCGGUGAUUUCAGAGGCAGGGUUGAUAGGAGGUUUUCACCUCGGAGAAGGCAUUCCCCUGGAAGAGAGCCCAGGGGUCAUCGUCCCCUUUAUGAUAAAAGGCCAACUUCUCGAGAAAGAGAAUCUAGUUAUUCACGAUCUCCAAGCAGGAAGAGUGAGAGGAGGCAUGAAAAGAAGACUGAUGAUGGAGAAACCAACUCAUCCAGGAGUUUGAGUCUCUCUGAUAACAACGAUGAAAAUAAAAAGGAUAAAUUCUCAAGUGGUGAUGAGAAAGAGGAUCACGAAAAGCAGCUGAAACAAAUACAUCUGGAUAUGGAGGUUUUGCGUGAUGAUAAAAUUCAGCUGGAGGUCAUUUUGGAUGAGAAGAUUGAUGACGUGCGCAAGAUUUCUAGCAAAGUAAAUGAUCUUGAGUUGCAGCUUAGAAGGGAGAAAGAUGAAUGCCAUAGGAUGACCUCAAAGAUGAAGAAGUUUAUUAAAGCUCAUGCUCGGUUUUUGAAAGCACAAGAAGAAGUGAAAAGGUCACAGGCUCGUUUUGAGAGGCUAGGUGAUUUGCUUGCUUCUGAUAUUUUGAAGCGUGGUGCUAAUGAAGAGGGGUCCAGUGUCAAUGUUGAUGAAGACCCAAGUGGUCCUUAUGAAAGGAGUCCUAAUGCUGCUGCAGCUAAAAAGAGAUCAAUCCCAUACUCAACAAGUGAAGAGGCGAAAGCUGUGAAGAAGAGAAGAGAGCGGGACUCUGAUAUAAUGACUAGGUCAGAUAAAUACAGGUCAGAUGGUACAGAUUUUGAUAAGACAAGCAAGGGGACUGAGGGAACUAAGUCUUUAUAUUUGAAGAAGAAAUUAUGGGAAGAUGAAAAAAGUAAGCUAGGAGCCAACAUUUUCAUAGACAAGGCCAAAGAUUCUCCGAUCAAACAUGUGUUGCCCUCCACCGGCAUGGCUGCUCAUGCUAUUAUUGAUGAUCUCAACGAAGCUGUUGAACUGGAGGACAGACACGAACCCAUUGACACAUUGCUAGAAAAUGACGCUGAUGACAAAACUAGGUCACCUGCUGGCUCCCUACAGCCACUACCGGCGAUACAGAAUUCUUACGAGCAGUACGAGGGUGACGACGAGGAAGUCGAUGUGGAAUAAGUGGGAGGCCUCGUUUAUAGACAAGAGGCCUCUGAUGACAAGAGGCCUCUGAUGAAGCAAUGGCGACGAGACCAGCAUCUGCCCCAGCUCAAGUAAUACUAUUAGCAUCAUUGUCGUGUACAAAGUGCUAGCAUCUAUUUGGCAUUGGGAAUCCAGCUUAUUAUCAAGAAUCCUCUUGUAGUAA